AUGGAGUCUUCCAAGACCUUCAUGAGGAACUUGCCAGUCACCCCAGGCUACAGUGGCUUCGUGCCAUUCCUCAGCUGCCAGGGCACCCCCGGCGAGGACAACAUGUCCGAAUGCUUGAAAACGUUCCGGGAGAGCACGCGGCGGUACAGAGACCAGCUGGAGGAACUGCACUGCUCGGUGGCCGCUGCCCCCAGACUGAAGCCCAUCUGCUCCCGGGAGACGAUCCUGCGGGUGCUGCACCAGUACCACGAGCAGAACCACCCCCUGAGUCUGGGUACUGCACCCUGAAACCAGCCCCUUUCCCCACCNCCAAUCCCUGGCUGGGCGGGCUACCUGCCCAGAGCCAGGGUCACUGAACUUGGCUGUGCCACGCGGUACACGGUGAUGGCCAGAAACUGCUACAAGGACUUCCUGGACAUCAUGGAGCAGGCCAAGAGAGCGCCCCUGAAGCCAUAUGAAGAGUAA